AUUCAGUGACAAAGGAGGCGUUAAAAAAGAGCAUGAAUUGAAUAUCAUCAAUAUGGAACUCGGUCAAAUCCCAUCCCUCCUUCUUCUCCUCCUCCUCCUCUUCUCCCAAACCCUAAUUCCCACACCUCACACACCUCAGAUCUGGUGCCCCUCAACUUCAGCGGAUAAUUCAAUGAGAUUGGAAGGGUUUUGAGGGUGUUGGGUAGCGGAGGAGGAGGAGCUGCUGCUGCCGCUGCUGUUGGUAUAUCAGUAUAUCACUAUUGUCGUAACGGUCAGAUGGAAGGGAACUCAGGCGGAAAUGACGUGGAGCUGCUGUGUAAAACGCUACAGGUGGAGCACAAACUAUUCUACUUCGAUCUCAAGGAGAACCCUCGCGGUCGCUAUUUGAAGAUUUCCGAGAAGACUUCCGCCACUAGGUCCACCAUCAUCGUUCCCUUUAGCGGCAUUUCCUGGUUCUUAGAUCUCUUCAAUUACUAUGUUAAUUCCGAUGAACAGGACGUUUUCAGCAAGGAGUUGCAGCUUGACACCAAGGUAUUUUACUUUGACAUCGGCGAGAACAGGAGGGGUCGCUUUUUGAAGGUAUCUGAAGCUUCUGUUAGCAGAAAUAGGAGUACCAUUAUUGUUCCUGCAGGAAGCACUCGAGAUGAAGGGUGGGCAGCAUUCAGGAACAUCUUGGCAGAGAUUAAUGAAGCAUCAAGGCUUUUCAUCUUGCCCAAUCAGCAAAGUUCUGAACCUUCAGAACGGCUUGUUGGGCUUUCAGAUGAUGUGGGUGCUGGCUUCAUAUCAGGCCACAGUACUCAACCGGCCCCAGCAUCUGAGUUGAAUGUGGAGAGGUCAGUUGAAUUGCCUGCACAGGAUGAAAUUGGUAACUUGGGGGUCUCAAAAGUGAUUAGAGCUGAUCAAAAGAGGUUCUUCUUUGAUCUUGGUAGCAACAACAGGGGUCAUUUCCUGCGGAUAUCUGAGGUGGCAGGUUCUGAUCGCUCCUCAAUCAUCCUUCCACUGUCUGGGUUGAAACAGUUUCAUGAAAUGGUGGGUCAUUUUGUGGAGAUCACUAAAGAUCGAAUUGAAGGAAUGACAGGUGCGAAUGUCCGGACAGUGGAUCCCCCUCAAAGAUGAACACUGAGGAGUCAGGGGUAUGGUGAAAGGGACUUGCAAUUCCAAUCAUUCAGGUUGUUCUGGUGCUACAUAUAGGUGUUUGAUUAGGGGUGCAAUUGUGCUCUGUUUGUGUUAUCCUCUUCUCUUCUCUCAUUCAAGUCUGAGAAUAAUCUGAUUUCUGUUUAUGAACCAAGGAAAUUCCAAGGUAUUUGCCAAUCUUAAUUUUGGAUAGGGAAUAACAGAAGAACAGACCAGAAAUCCUGUAAUUGUCAGUAUGGAGUGGCACCUACUUUUACAUUUUCAAUAAUAAAGCAUUCCAAAUGUGUUUUGUAUCUCA